GCAGUCGCGGGAACAGCGCGGAGCAGGUAACGGCCCCGCUGCUGCCGUCGUCCCCCUCAGCCGGUUACCCUGUUACAGCCCCAGCUCUGGGCCCUUCCGGACCCUCCUGCUACGCUCUUUCUGGGCUUCCAGUAUCGCCGGUCACUCAGUCCUCGCCCCUGCCUGCCUCGCUGGCGCCCCGCCGUUUCCUCCUCGCGGCACAGUCUGCCAAGGAACAGCUACCCCGGCUCGGCAGUGACCGGGCGCCCCGGCGACACACGUACUCUCAGGCCCGCUGGGCAGGGGGACGGCCUGGGCCGAGAGACCAAAACCUGUCAAAAAAAUACUACCGUGGAAAGCUCAUAAAUACUACAGUGUGAAGAACCCUGUGCUUAUCUUCAGUUUAUCAUCAGACAUCUUAGGGAAGUUUGAUAAAGAACACCAGUGAGGAGAUUGUGGACUGCCUAAUAUAUUUCAUCAGAAGAGAAGGCUGGAGAAUUAAGCAGAUGCAGCAAAAGGCAGAAACUGACUUCAAAAAAACCCUCUCAGUAGAGAAAGUGAUAUUAGAUUCCUAUUGCAAAGGAUCUAAUGCCAGUUAAAUUCUCUUUUGCUUUCUUGAUAAAACACGAGAAUUGAGAAUUAAAUGAAAAGGUAAAUCCUUUUAAAGACCUCAGAAGAUGGAUCUGUUUGUUUCAAUCUGCUUUUGAGGUUGUUUGCUAUGUCUUUGGCUGAUCUAACAAAAACAAAUAUAGAUGAGCAUUUCUCCAGCAUGGCAUUAGAAAACAAUAGGAGGUCUGCAGAAUGCAAGAGAAGCCCAGGCACAGGCGAUUUUUCACGGAACAGUAAUGCUUCCAAUAAGAGUGUUGAUUAUAGCAGAUCUCAGUGCUCCUGUGGAAGUUUAAGUUCUCAGUAUGAUUAUUCAGAAGACUUUCUCUGUGAUUGUUCAGAAAAGGCUAUUAAUAGAAAUUAUUUAAAGCAGCCUGUGGUAAAAGAAAAGGAGAAGAAAAAGUAUAAUGUUUCUAAAAUCUCCCAAUCUAAAGGCCAGAAGGAAAUAUCAGUUGAAAAAAAGCACACCUGGAAUGCAUCACUCUUUAAUUCUCAAAUCCAUAUGAUUGCCCAAAGAAGAGAUGCUAUGGCUCAUCGAAUACUCUCAGCAAGGCUUCAUAAAAUUAAAGGACUAAAAAAUGAAUUAGCUGAUAUGCAUCAUAAAUUGGAAGCCAUCCUUACAGAAAACCAAUUUUUGAAACAACUUCAGCUUAGGCAUUUGAAAGCUAUAGGAAAAUAUGAGAAUUCACAAAAUAAUCUACCUCAAAUUAUGGCUAAACAUCAGAAUGAAGUAAAAAAUUUAAGGCAACUACUUAGGAAAUCCCAGGAAAAGGAAAGAACUGUAUCUAGGAAACUUAGAGAAACUGACAGCCAGUUACUGAAGACUAAAGAUACCUUGCAGGCACUGCAGAAACUUUCUGAAGACAAAAACCUUGCAGAAAGGGAAGAACUCACUCAUAAAUUAUCUAUUAUCACAACAAAAAUGGACGCAAAUGACAAAAAAAUACAGAGCUUGGAAAAACAACUGAGAUUGAACUGCAGAGCCUUUAGCCGGCAGCUGGCUAUUGAGACUCGGAAGACUUUAGCAGCUCAGACAGCUACCAAGACUCUGCAGGUGGAAGUAAAACACCUUCAACAAAAACUUAAGGAAAAGGAUCGUGAGCUUGAAAUUAAAAACAUCUAUAGUCAUCGAAUACUUAAAAAUUUACACGACACAGAGGACUAUCCAAAAGUUUCUUCAACAAAAUCAGUCCAAGCAGACAGAAAAAUUUUGCCAUUCACAAGUAUGAGACACCAGGGAACCCAAAAAUCAGAUGUUCCACCUUUGACAACUAAGGGUAAAAAGGCAACAGGAAACAUUGAUCAUAAAGAAAAAUCAACUGAAAUAAAUCAUGAAAUUCCUCACUGUGUGAAUAAACUACCAAAGCAAGAGGAUUCUAAGAGAAAAUAUGAAGAUUUAUCAGGGGAAGAGAAACAUUUGGAAGUCCAAAUACUGCUGGAGAAUACUGGAAGACAAAAAGACAAAAAAGAAGACCAAGAAAAGAAAACCAUUUUUGUGAAAGAAGAGCAAGAACUACCACCAAAAAUAAUUGAAGUUAUUCAUCCUGAAAGAGAAAGCAAUCAAGAAGAUGUUCUAAUAAGAGAAAAGUUUAAAAGAAGCAUGCAGAGAAUUGGCGUGGAUGACACACUUGGCAAAGGCACUGCUCCCUACACGAAAGGCCCCCUCAGACAAAGAAGACAUUACUCAUUCACAGAAGCAACUGAAAACCUGCAUCAUGGGCUUCCUGCUUCAGGGGGGCCAGCCAAUGCCGGCAACAUGAGGUACAGUCAUAGUACAGGCAAGCAUCUCAGUAACAGAGAGGAAAUGGAGCUAGAGCAUUCCGACAGUGGGUAUGAGCCCUCAUUUGGUAAGUCUUCCAGAAUAAAAGUGAAGGAUACAACUUUCAGAGAUAAGAAAAGCAGUCUCAUGGAAGAACUCUUUGGAUCAGGCUAUGUCUUGAAAACUGACCAAUCAAGUCCUGGUGUUGCAAAAGGCUCAGAGGAGCCUUUGCAAAGUAAGGAGUCGCAUCCCCUGCCUCCCAGUCAGGCCUCCGCCAGCAAUGCUUUCGGAGACUCUAAAGUAACUGUGGUAAAUUCUAGUAAGCCAUCGUCACCUACAGAAGGAAAAAGAAAAAUAAUUAUUUAAAUAUAAUCAAUAUCCUAAUGCAUUCUGGUUUGAUAUAA